CCAGAGACACUCAGCGUGUGAAUGUAUGUGUCCUAGGUGCUCUACGGUAUACAACUGUCCAAAAAAUAAAAACAAAACACAAGAGCAGACCAAUACUGAUUUUUCCAUUAUCUCACUUGUAUCUCAGGAACAUUUCCUCAUUGCUUCUUCCUUCAAUGACUUUAAUGGCUUUGUCAUCUCUCAUAGAUGAUGAUUUAUUUAAUCAGCCUGCAGUGAUGGGUAUUGGGGAUUUCCAGUUUCCAUAUCAGAAGCAACAUACUGACAGGCCCUAAGACUUCAUUGCAAAAGAUUUCUAGGAGAAAUUCAGUCACAACACAUGGCCACUUUUUAAGGCCCAGCACAUUUUUCAAACCGUUCUCCAGUCCACUAUUGUUCUCACAUCAUCAUCACAGUGUCUCCAAAUGCAGACUUCACGAAAAGGCUAAAAAAGCCUUGGCUCACACCCAGCUCAACAUCACUGUUGAGGCCCACACAUCAGCUGUGUGUACCUGAACCCGACUUCCAAGUUCAGACUAAGGCAAAGGCUUCCUUGGGCGUGGCCACCUGUUUUGUUUACUCAGCCACAGCACCUGACCUGGGCCCAUCCCAGUCCAAGGUGACUCAGCUGAACAAGGGGCGGGUACCACCCUUCCCAGAGAAGGAACCAGCUGGGACAAAAGCUACCACCAUCCAGGGAGGCAAAGAGACUCUGAGCAGAGGCCAGAAGACGACCCAAAGCAGCAGCUGCCAGCAGGGGCUCCAAGGACCAGCCAUGUCUGCUCUGUACCCAUCUCUGGAAGACCUAAAGGUAGACCAAGUCAUCCAGGCCCAGGCCAGAGCCUCACCCAGGAUGCCUGCCCUGCCCAGCAAGGAAGCAGCUGUCUCCCCAUCUUCAGUUCUGUAUCCAAACCUGGAAGAACUGGAGAGCUACAUGGGUCUUUCCCUCUCCAGCCAAGAAAUCCAGCAGAGCCUGCCUCAGAUUCCAGAGGGUGACAGUACGGUGGUCUCCGGCUCCUGGCCCAGCCAACUGGUGGCACCAGUGUCCGGGAACAGCCUGGGCGUGCGUCGUGCGGAGAUCAAGCCCGGAGUACGCGAGAUCCACCUGUGCAAGGAUGAGCGUGGCAAGACCGGGCUGCGGCUGCGGGCGGUCGACAAGGGUCUCUUUGUGCAGCUGGUCCAGGCCAACACCCCCGCAUCCCUGGUGGGGCUGCGCUUUGGGGACCAGAUCCUGCAGAUUGAUGGGCGUGACUGUGCCGGGUGGAGCACAGACAAAGCUCGCCGGGUGCUGAAGAAGGCGUCAGUGGAGAAGAUCGUCAUGGUCAUUCGGGACCGGCCAUUUCAGCGGACAGUCACGAUGCAUAAGGAUAGCUUGGGCCACGUCGGCUUCUUCAUCAAGAAGGGGAAGGUUGUGUCUGUGGUCAAAGGGAGCUCUGCAGCCCGGAACGGGCUCCUCACCAGUCACUACGUGUGUGAAGUGAAUGGGCAGAACGUCAUCGGACUAAAGGACAAAGCAAUCAUGGAAAUUUUGGCAACAUCUGGAGAUGUCAUCACCCUGACCAUCAUUCCUGCUGUGAUCUAUGAGCACAUGGUGAAAAAGUUGUCCCCGAUGCUGCUCCACCACACCAUGGACCACUCCAUUCCAGACGCCUGAAGCCACAGGAGUGCAGCACAGGCUUCCCACCUCCUCAAAAGGAAAAGCAGUGGUCUCAGAUGACAGGUUGAAGCUGGCCUAUGGCCUGGGUUGGGUGUCUUAUGGCUGUUCCAUGCGGUGUUCCAGGUGGGUGGACAUGGGCUGGCAGAAGUCUGUCCUCUGUGGCCACAGGCCCCCUUGCAGCCUCAGACCCUGAGCUGGCUGAGGCUCAGACAGGGCCCAGAGGCCACUGAUUGAAAUGCCAAGCAUGUAGAUAGGCCAGCCAAAUGCUGCUUAGAGUUCAGUUGGGUCCUUUUAAAAUUUGGCCUCCACCAGGAAAACCACUGUACAUUUUGAGAGAAUACAACUCCAUUCUUUGCAAGAAUGUUUUCUUUGCUUUUACUGGCUCCUCAUCACAGACUGUACACAGAUUAUAUACUUAGGAUCUUUAUUGUCUUCUGAAUAAAGAUUUGAUUUUAAACACAA